AUGAGCACCUCAACAUCCGCACAAGAUCUACCCCACCUGAACUUCCGUUCCUUCGUUGAGGCAUUGAAAAAAGACGGCGACCUUGCCGAAAUCAACGAAGAGAAGGACCCGCACCUCGAGGUUUCCGCCAUCAUCCGCAAGUCCUGCGAAACAGACGACAAAGCACCGCUCUUCAACAACGUGAAAGGGGCACAGAAUGGCCUAUUUCGAAUCCUUGGUGCUCCAGGCUCGCUACGGAAUGCAAAGAAGGGCAAGUAUGGAAGGCUUGCACGCCAUCUUGCCCUGCCACCGGAUGCGGGUAUGAAGGAGAUUCUGGACAAGAUACUGUCUGCCAGCAAGAAGCCUGGUGUCAAGCCAAACAUCGUCACGACUGGCUCGUGCAAAGAGAACAAGCUGUCAAGCUAUGAGAUUGACCUGACAAAACUACCAACCCCACUUAUUCACCAAGCAGACGGUGGCAAAUACAUCCAGACUUACGGUAUGCAUAUCGUGCAAUCACCGGAUGGUAAGUGGACGAACUGGUCGAUCGCUAGGGCCAUGAUCCAUGAUGACAAGCACCUCGUCGGUCUGGUGAUUCCACCCCAGCACAUAUGGCAGAUUCAGCAGAUGUGGAAGAAGAUUGGAAAGGAUUGCCCUUGGGCGCUGUGCUUCGGUGUCCCUCCAGCCGCUAUAAUGGCAUCAAGUACGCCGCUUCCUGAUGGUGUGACUGAAGCUGAGUAUAUCGGCGCGAUGACUGGUACGGCCUUGGACGUUGUCAAAUGCGAGACAAACGACCUUCUGGUGCCUGCGAACUCGGAGAUCGUCUUUGAGGGUAGUUUGUCCGUCACUCAGACCGCAGCUGAAGGACCCUUUGGUGAGAUGCACGGGUACGUUUUUCCAGGCAAUGCACACCAGCAGCCAAAGUACAAGGUUGAUUGCAUCACCCACCGUGAUAAUGCCAUCCUCCCUGUAUCGGCUUGUGGACGACUCACAGAUGAGACACACACCAUGAUUGGCUCCCUGGCUGCAGCAGAAAUCCGCCAGCUGUGUCAAGACAAAGGUCUUCCUAUUACCGACGCAUUCGCACCAUUCGAGUCGCAAGUCACCUGGGUAGGGCUGAAGGUUGACACCGCUAAGCUUAGGGAGAUGAAGACCGACUCGAAGACGUUUUCAAAGCAGAUCGGUGACAUUGUCUUUAGUGAAAAGGUGGGAUACACCAUCCACAGGCUGGUGCUUGUUGGCGACGAUAUCGAUGUAUACGACGGCAAGGAUGUCAUGUGGGCUUUCUCGACUCGGUGCAGGCCAGGCGAUGAUGAAAUCUUCUUUCCGGACACUCGAGCAUUCCCAUUGAUCCCCUACAACGGCCACGGAGCACACAGUCCAUAUAAAGGCGGCAAGGUCGUGAGUGACGCGUUAUUGCCAAGCGAGUACACGACAGGAGCUACCUGGCAGGCGGCGAGCUUCAAGGGAAGCUACCCCAAGGAGCUACAGGAGAAGACGAACAAUGAUUGGGCGGCGAUGGGCUUCGAGAACGAGGCGUAA